ACGGUUAAAAAUCGGCUCCGAUCAAUCAGCGAGUGCUGCCGCCUUCACUGUCAAAGAAUGAAGAAAAGCAGGAAGAAAAGAAGACGGUGCUGCCGCUGCCAGUGCCGCUGGCACGCCGCGCGAGUCAGCUCCAGUGCCAAUACCGGUACGGCGGUAGUGGCUGCGUGCAGCUGACAAAACAACCGCCGGUAGACAAGACGGCACCCAGUUUGCCCCUUUUCUGCAUGUGACAUGGAGCUUCGGCCGAUGUAUUCAGGAGCCAGGGACAGCGCUUCAAAGCAGGCCCGCAAGCAUUCAUUCGACCUUGAGGUGAAGCAUAGGGUCUGCUGGCUGCACACAUCCUUCUCUGCAGCUACUUUGAUAUCUGUGAGCUUGAGCUUCCUGUAUAGCUGCACAGCUGCUGACACAAGGGGUAUAGAUGUUGGCAGCCUCGCACCACACAUUGUGCAGCCAGAGGAUGCAGAAUCCAGCCAAGGGGAUCCCUCAUGGCACACAUUGCCAUCUGAGCCGGGUUUGCAGUCUGCAUAUCUAACAGCGCCAUCGAAAGGCAAAGGUCCUGGUUUCAACAUCUGGGGGCCAGGCAGCAGAAGCUGGGGCAGGGACGUGGCACCUAAUGUGAAGAGAAGGACUUUGGAACGCCGGCGCCUGCUGCAAGCUUCAGGCAGCUCGGGCUCAUGUCAUUACGUGGUGGUUGGGGGCACCACUCAGAGCACCAUUUCCACCGCCGUCUGUGCAUCCACCACCUUCGGAAGUGCAGAGCCCUUCGUUGCCUGCUGCACCAUCCAGUGUGCAAACUCUGCGGGCAGCCCCGCCUUAUGCGCGUGCACGGGCUACUCCGACGAAGCGGUCACAUGCAGCGGGAGCUUACCUCUGGCGGGCUGUUGCUCACAUGCCGCGGGGGCCUCUCAAGCGAACCCUCCGGCCCUAUCCACUGGUGCCCCUGUCCCGACGGUCGCCCCUAACUUAACCCCAACAGUCGUCCCCACAUUAUCCCCAACGGUCGCCCCUACCUUGGCCCCAACUGUAGUCCCAAGUUUAUCUCCAAGCCCACUCGUAACAACAGGAGCCCUUGUCAUCUCCCCUCCCUCCUCAAUGCCGACUGCCGCUUCAACUGUGGCUCCGUACCCUCCUCCAGCCGGGUCCCCACUGCAACCCCCUCCGUCUCAAGGGCCUCCUAGCAACACCCAACCAGUGGCUCCACUGGCGCCUCCUUCAAACAAGGGUGGAGGGGGGGCCAACAUAAGAACCGCAGCGGCGGUGGCUGCCCCGUUGUUUGCAUUCGUUGCCACUGCGGCUAUCUGGGCCGUUUUCGCUUACAGAUAUCGCACCAGAAAGGAGGCCGUCGUGCGCCGCACAAUCCUACUGUGCACCGACCGUGACCCCACACCAACGCUGCCCAACCGGGGCCAAUACCGUCAAGAGCUCGUGGAAGAGAACCUGCGCAAGAUGCUGACGUCAGUGCUGGCGAAAUGGGACUCGUGGAAUGGCUGCUCGCAGAAGACGACUUUUCCAUCGCGGGGAGAGUUCGGGAUAUGGAAGCAGCGGUUCUACGGGAAGGAGGCCGAGGUGUUGUUAGCAGCACUGCUUGAGGUGGACCAAGGUUUCGGUUCGCAAGAGGGGUAUGUAGGGGUAUUGGACAGGUGGCAGCAAGAGCAAGCAAGCCGGAGCUAUGUUGUUGCCAAGCUGUGUAAAUAUGUGGAGGAAGCAGGCGAGGGUUGGUCCAAGCCGGACCUAACAUGACGUAUCUACGUUGUUGAACAGACUCCUGUGGGAGGAGGAGGUAUGAUAGACUGUAAUUUCUUCUUGGGACCAGCUAGGCAAAUAAGCGCCACGUGCAUGCAGUUGCCAUACAACCAACUAUGCAACCGUACAACCGGUUGCUAUGACCAAACGCGGCGUUCGAUUCCAUGGCAAACUUGUCAAUAUCGUAUGGGUGAGGAAGUGGCGAGAAAGUCGUUUAUCAUGCUGUCACGG